AUGUCUAACCAGUCCUUACAUCUGCUAUGCCGAAUAUCCAAUCCGCCGGUUGCCCUCUCUUCUUCCCGUCGCUCUCCCUUCCCGUCGCCCUCCCUUCCCCUCUGCCUCCCUUCCCGUCGCCUUCCCUUCCCGUCGCCUACCCUUCCCGUCGCCCGCGCUUCUGUUCCGUCGCCGUCCGUUCGUCUCGUCCCCCUCCCUUCCGCUCGUCCGCUGCUCUCCCCGUCAAUUUCUCUCCCUGUCGCCCACGCGUUCCCUGUCAAUUCACUCUCCGUCGCGCUCGCUUUCCCCGUCAUUUCUCUCUCCGUCGCGCAUGCUUUCCCCGUCGCCCUGCCAUCCACUGCUCGUCGACCUCGCCUUCCCUCCCGCCUCCCUUCCCACCUCGCACACAAGUCACCCUACGUGUUCUCCCCCUACUCCCUCUUAUCCCUCCCGCUAAUAAUCGCCUUCCUUCCCCCCCCCUUCCCUUCUUCCCCAUGUCCCCUUCCCUUCUUCCCCAUGUCCCCUUCCCUUCUUCCCCAUGUCCCCUUCCCUUCUUCCCCAUGUCCCCUUCCUUUCUUCCCCAUGUCCCCUUCCCUUCUUCCCCAUGUCCCCUGCCCUGCAUUCCUGCAGGGUCUCCUCGCCCGCCGCCCCACUUUGCUCAACCCCGACAUUUCACUGCCUUGCUUUCUCCCACUGCCAUGCUUGCUCUCACUGCCAUGCUUGCUCUCACUACCAUGCCCGCCACCCCACUUUGCUCUCCCAUCUGCUGCCACUUCUGCUAGUGCGCUCCUCGCCCUUCCUGCUGCCCAUUUAUUCCCGCCCCGCUACUUCCCCUCACCCCACUGCGUUCAUGACAGAGUCUAUUCCCCCUCUGCUUCCCCACUUCCCCUCCACAGUCUAGUGCACAUGGUGGGAGCAUGA